GUUGUUUGCUCUCUCUAGGAAUUAGCUAACCCUCAGACAGGCAGUCUCUCUCCAAGGUCCCAAAAAGUCAAAGCAUCAUACAAUAUAGAAAAUAACAAGCAUGAUUAAUACUACAGGCUGAGAGGAUAUGUGUUCCUGCACUGUCAGACCGAGCGCUAGAAUUAUUGGAGACACAUUGCAGCUUCUGUGCCUUAUCUCAAUGUUACGCUGUUCAGGACUCAGGAUCCUGCCCUCUGAGGGUUUAGAGAAGUCAUUCGCACUCUCUCACCCUGGCUCUCUUCAUCCAGAGCAGUUCUUUACUUUCUCAGGAAACAAACGGGAUGAAAGUCCAGAGCUGGGACUUCCUCCUUGGUGUGUUUGACAAGGACUGACGUACUCUAGGCCCUUUGAAUCCCGGAAGUCCAGUACACACCCAACCUUGAUUACAGUGUCUAGAAUGCUGGAGCGUAGGUGAAAGGACAAAAGCCAGACACAUUUCGACAUGAGGGAUCCACUGACAGAUUGUCCGUAUAAUAAAGUAUACAAGAACCUAAAGGAGUUUUCUCAAAAUGGAGAGAAUUUCUGCAAACAGGUCACAUCUGUUCUUCAGCAAAGGGCAAACCUGGAAAUUAGCUAUGCCAAAGGACUUCAGAAACUGGCAAGCAAGCUGAGCAAAGCAUUACAGAACACAAGAAAAAGCUGUAUCAGCAGUGCCUGGGCCUGGGCCUCAGAGGGAAUGAAAUCCACAGCGGACCUGCAUCAAAAACUUGGCAAAGCAAUUGAAUUGGAAGCAAUAAAACCGACUUAUCAAGUCCUAAAUGUACAAGAGAAGAAGAGAAAAUCACUUGACAAUGAAGUUGAAAAGACAGCAAAUCUUGUCAUUAGCAACUGGAAUCAGCAAAUUAAGGCCAAGAAGAAAUUAAUGGUUAGUACCAAGAAACAUGAAGCACUUUUCCAGCUUGUAGAAAGCUCCAAGCAAUCUACGACUGAGAAGGAGAGGCGGAAGCUCCUCAAUAAACUGACAAAAUCAACUGAGAAGUUGGAAAAGGAAGAUGAAAAUUACUACCAAAAAAACAUGGUGGGUUAUUCUACCAGACUGAAAUGGGAAAACACACUAGAGAACUGCUACCAGAGCAUUCUGGAGCUGGAGAAGGAAAGAAUUCAACUUUUAUGCAAUAACUUAAACCAGUACAGCCAACAUAUUUCUCUUUUUGGCCAAACCCUGACCACAUGCCACACGCAGAUUCACUGUGCCAUCAGCAAGAUUGACAUUGAAAAAGAUAUCCAGGCUGUAAUGGAAGAAACUGCAAUUUUAUCUACAGAAAACAAAUCUGAGUUCCUGUUAACAGAUUACUUUGAAGAAGAUCCUAACAGUGCAAUGGAUAAAGAGAGACGAAAGUCUUUAAUAAAACCAAAAUUAUUGAGACUGCAGAGAGACAUUGAAAAAGCCUCAAAAGACAAGGAAGGCCUGGAACGAAUGCUUAAAACAUACUCCAGCAACUCCUCCUUCUCUGAUGCAAAGAGCCAGAAAGACACAGCAGCGUUAAUGGAUGAGAACAAUCUGAAACUAGACCUUUUGGAAGCGAACUCCUACAAACUGUCAUCAGUGUUAGCAGAACUUGAGCAAAGACCUCAACCCAGCCAUCCUUGCAGUAACUCCAUCUUCAGGUGGAGGGAAAAGGAGCAUACUCACAGCUAUGUGAAAAUAUCUCGGCCUUUUUUAAUGAAGAGAUUAGAGAGUAUUGUGAGCAAAGCAUCUUCUGGUGGGCAGAGCAAUCCAAGUUCUUCAACUCCAGUCCCUGGUGCAGCCCAGCUCAGCAGCAGACUUUGCAAGGCCUUAUAUUCUUUUCAAGCCAGGCAAGAUGAUGAGUUGAAUUUGGAAAAGGGUGACAUUGUGAUUAUACACGAGAAAAAAGAAGAAGGAUGGUGGUUUGGAUCUUUGAAUGGGAAAAAAGGCCAUUUUCCUGCUGCUUAUGUGGAGGAGUUACCUUCAAAUGCUGUCAACACAGCUACAAAGGCAUAAAACAAGACUCUGAACAUACUACCUUCACACUCUGUAACCAACAAUACAAUGUGGUUCAAAUAAGAAUAAAGUGCUAUUAUCUUUA